CCGCGCAUGCGCAGAAUAAAUCUGUAUUCGUAGUGAGUUGUUGUUCCGGAGAUUAGCAGCAGUUGGAUAUUCGGAAAGAUCUGUGAUUUAUUUUAACUAAAUCCCGGUUUGCGUGCAGCGCAGGUCGGAGUCGCCAUGCCGGAGCGCGAGUCGGAGCUGUACUCCAACCCUCUGGCUCCAGAUGGGCACGAUGUGGAGGAUCACCGAUCAGCACUGCAAUCGAAGCUGACCAAUGAGGACUUCAGGAAACUCCUGAUGACCCCCCGAGCCACGCCCUCGUCAGCACCACCAUCCAAAUCACGCCAUCAUGAAAUGCCUCGAGAGUAUAAUGAGGACGAGGAUCCAGCUGCUCGCAGGAGGAAGAAGAAAAGUUAUUACGCUAAGCUGCGGCAGCAGGAGCUGGAGCGGGAGCGAGAGUUAGCAGAGAAGUACAGAGACCGCGCCCGCGAGAGACGGGACGGUGUCAAUAAGGACUAUGAGGAGACUGAGCUCAUCAGCACCACAGCCAAUUACAGAGCUGUGGGACCCACCGCUGAGGCGGACAAAUCAGCAGCAGAAAAACGUCGUCAGUUGAUCCAGGAGUCCAAGUUCUUGGGUGGUGAUAUGGAGCACACUCACUUGGUGAAGGGUUUGGAUUUCGCCCUGCUGCAGAAGGUGAGAGCUGAGAUCACCAGUAAGGAGAGAGAGGAGGAGGACAUGAUGGAGAAAGCACAGAAAGAAGCCAAGAAAGAUGAAGAUCCUGAGCAGAAGAUCGAGUUUAAGACUCGUCUGGGGAGGAACAUUUACCGCAUCCUGUUUAAGGGGCGUCAGGUGGAGAGGAAUGAGCUUUUCCUGCCGGGGCGGAUGGCGUACGUGGUGGACUUGGAGGAUGAGUACGCAGACACGGACAUUCCCACUACGCUCAUCCGCAGCAAGGCAGACUGUCCCACCAUGGAGGCCCAGACCACUCUCACCACUAAUGACAUUGUGAUCAGUAAACUGACCCAGAUCCUGUCCUACCUGAGACAGGGGACACGCAACAAGAAGCUCAAAAAGAGAGAUAAAGGAAAGCUGGAUGAGCGUAAAGCCCCUGAAGCUGACAUGAAUGUCUUUGAUGAUAUCGGAGAGUACGUCCCCACCACGUCCAAACCUGCACGGGAUAAAGAGAAGGAGCGUCACCGAGAGAAGGAGAGAGAGAGGGAACGAGAAGAAGAGAAACGACAUCUCAGCUACUUUGAGAAACCUCGAGUUGAUGAUGAGCCUGUUGAAAUGGAUAAAGGUCCAGGAUCCGUGAAAGACCAGCUGAAACUCAUUAAUGAGAAAUUUGCAGGCGCAGCAGCAGAGUGGCAGCAAACAGCUGGGACGAGACGUGAGGAGAAGAAACAUGUUGGAGAUUUCUUCGGAAUGUCCAACAGUUACGCUGAGUGUUACCCUGCUACGAUGGAUGAUCUGGCUGUGGACAGUGAUGAAGAAGUUGACUACAGUAAGAUGGACCAGGGUAAUAAAAAGGGACCUCUGGGCCGCUGGGACUUCGACACACAGGAGGAGUACAGUGACUACAUGAAUAACAAGGAGGCUUUACCAAAGGCUGCGUUUCAGUAUGGAAUUAAAAUGUCUGAGGGCAGAAAGACUCGCCGCUUUAAAGAGACCAAUGAGAAAGCAGAGCUGGACCGGCAGUGGAAGAAAAUCAGUGCUAUUAUUGAAAAGAGGAAGAAGCUGGAGGCUGAUGGGGUGGACGUGAAGAGGCCAAAAUAUUAAAACGUCUCGUGAUUUACUGAAGUGUAGCUGUGACCUGUAGUCAGUCGUCUGAGUGAACACGUCAAAUCACCAGUAAACUCGCGCACUGUGGCGUGUGCGUGCGUACACACACGGUUUCCCUAUUCAGCAAAUACACACGCAGCAUUGACAUCCUGGUGUUAAUAGACAAAAUCUUUUAUUAAAUACAUUGUUUGUGCAGAAAUGUUCACAUCCAGAUGAUCAGAAUAAAAGAAACCUAAUAAAGAGGUAAAAAUCA